AUGUCAACAACCAAGGUUUCAGGCGACGAAACCUCUUCGCUCAUCCACAUGAUGCUCGCGUCUGAGCAAGACUUCCCCAUACUCACCCGUGAGCUUGCUGCGCCCAAGCCUAGACUGAGCCAGAUCGUACAUGACAUAGUCGAGCUGAUUGAAAAAAGCUGCCAUCUUAUUUUUGGGAAAGAGAGCGACCUUGCAGCUUUCACAAAAUGCAACGCGGAAGCCCUCGGACACGACUAUCUCCUCUUCGAACUGAGUGUAGGCCACAUUAACGAAGUCAAAAAACUCCUGGGCAAGGGCGAGAUGGCGCAGUGGUUCACAAGCCAGAUCCAGCCAGCAAGGUCUCUCCUGGAGUCGCGAUUCUUCAACAACAGCCUCGUGCGCUGGUGCGAUAGACGGGAAGAGAAACUUGCGCCGGGUCCAUGGGUAGACCCGUAG